CCGAAAGGCGUUUGCGGGAAGCCGGGGGCAGAGGAUGCUGUUCUGGUGAUCCGGGGCUGGAAGCGGCAGGCCGUGAAAAAGGAAGGAGAGAAGAGUGGAAGAGAAAGAAGAGAAGCGGUAGGAGCAACCUGCCAAAAUGUCUAGCAAGAAAGAGAAUGCACACAAGAAAUGGAGUGUCUUGAAAGAAAGGCUGGGGUCCCAGGAUUCGGAUCAAACAGAAGCCAACCUGGAAAACGCAGAGCCAGAGCUCUGCAUUCGUCUCUUGCAGAUCCCUUCAGUGGUGAAUUACUCGGGGCUCAAGAAACGGCUGGAAAGUAGUGAUGAUAGCUGGAUGGUCCAGUUUUUGGAGCUCUGUGGACUGGAUCUACUCUUAGAAGCCCUAGACAGACUGUCGGGGAGAGGAGUUUCUAGGAUCUCAGAUGCCCUCCUGCAGCUGACAUGCAUCAGCUGUGUGCGGGCAGUAAUGAACUCUCAGAAGGGCAUUGAAUAUAUCGUGAGCAAUGAAGGUUAUGUCAGGAAACUCUCCCAAGCACUGGACACUUCAAAUAUCAUGGUCAAAAAGCAAGUGUUUGAACUCCUGGCUGCUCUCUGCAUUUAUUCACUUGAGGGACAUGCUCUGGCUUUGGAUGCUCUAGACCAUUACAAGACUGUGAAAAACCAACAGUACCGGUUCAGCAUCAUUAUGAAUGAGCUCUCAGUCACAGACAAUGUGCCCUACAUGAUAACACUCUUGAGUGCCAUCAAUGCAGUUAUAUUGGGAACAGAGGAACUGAGAGGGAGGAUGCAGCUCCGGAAUGAGUUCAUUGGUCUCCAGUUGUUGGAUAUUUUAACCAAACUGCGAGACAUAGAAGAUGAGGACCUGCUUAUCCAGUGUGAGACAUUUGAGGAGGCUAAGACUGAAGAUGAUGAAGAGUUGUUGAGAAUAUGUGAUGGGAUUGAUAUGAACAAUCAUCAAGAGGUUUUCUCUUCUCUGUUCAACAAAGUGAGCAGCUUCCCAGUCUCCAUUCAACUGCUGUCCAUCCUCCAGAGCCUCUUGCAUCUCGAACCUUCUCAUCGCUCCAGCCUAUUGCUCUGGGAAUCCUUAGAAAUCUUAGUAAGCAGAGCCAUCUUGCUUGCUAAUGACAUACAAGAUAACAGCGUGGAAGAAGUCAUGGAGAGAUUGUUGUCCGUCAAGAAACACCCCAGGGAAAGAGAUUCAGAUUCCCAAAGAGCAGCCAACAAGCUGAACGAAAGCACUCAGACCAGUGAAGAUUUGGGGCAGUGCCCAAAGGCCACCCAGAGCUCUUCUCCAAGAACCUGCUCUUCCAACACCUCACUUGAUACAGAACCACUCAGUGUGCCUGAGAAGGUUGCAUCCUCCCACUUUGAGCUCAGCUCAGCUUUGCCAGAACAGAAUGCAGCUUCAGCUACUCCUGCUCCAGUGUCACCACCUCCCUCUCCCCCUCCCCUCCCUGGAACAUCAGACAUGUUGCCACAACAGCCAUCUCCUCCACCUCUGAUACAAAUGCCACCAUCAGUUCCCACGUGGCCUGGUGAGGCAGCAAUCCCUCCCCCUCCUCCUCUGCCCAACAUGACAGGGAUCCCUCCCCCUCCCCCUCUGCCUGGGAUGACAGGGAUCCUUCCCCCUCCCCCUCUGCCUGGGAUGACAGGGAUCCCUCCCCCUCCCCCUGGGAUGACAGGGAUCCCUCCCCCUCCCCCUCUGCCCGGGAUGACAGGGAUCCCUCCCCCUCCCCCUCUGCCCGGGAUGACAGGGAUCCUGCCCCCUCCUCCUCUGCCCAUUAUGGUAGGGGCAUUCCCCACACGUCUAUCAGCGAUCCCUACCAUGCCACCACCCCCUCCCCCACUGCCUGGCAUGGUAGGGGUCCCUCCCCCUCCCCCUCUUCCUGGUACUGCAGGAGUACCACCUCCUCCUCCACCAGUCCCAGGCAUGCCACCUCCUCCUCCCCCACUGCCUGGGAUGGAAGGGCUACCACCUCCUCCCCCACUGCCAGGCAUCCCACCUCCUCCACCUCUAGAAGGCAAUGUAGAGGAAAUUGUGCCUGUGUGGGUUAACACCGUUAGCUAUGCCACAUCUUUCCCUAAAAGAAUGAAGACGCCAACACUAAGGAUGAAGAAACUGAACUGGCAGAAGCUCCCCUCCAAUGUGGUGAGAGAGAGUCACUCCAUGUGGGCAUCAGUAACAAGAAAGAGUGAAGAAUCCAUCGAGCCAGAUUACACUAGAAUAGAACAGUUGUUUUGCUUCCCACAAAGCAAGCCCAAAUCAAAGGAAGUGACACCAGUGAAGACAGAACCAAAAGAGAUCACAUUUCUAGAUUCCAAAAAGAGUCUUAAUUUGAACAUAUUUUUAAAGCAAUUUAAGUGCACAAAUGAGGAGGUGGUUAACAUGAUUCAGAAAGGUGACAGAACGAAGUUUGACGUUGAAGUUCUCAAGCAGCUACUUAAACUCCUACCGGAAAAACACGAAAUAGAAAACUUGAAAUCUUUCAAAGAAGAAAAGGAAAAAUUAGCAAAUGCAGAUCAGUUCUAUCUUCUACUCCUUGGAGUUCCUAGCUACCAGUUGCGGAUUGAAUGUAUGCUGAUGUGUGAAGAGACUGCUGUUCUUUUGGAGAUGUUGCAGCCCAAAGCAGAAACAAUAAGGAGGGCUUGUGAAGAUCUCCUCACAAGCCAUCGAUUGCCCAUUUUCUGUCAAUUGAUCCUCAAUGUUGGAAACUUCCUGAACUAUGGAUCUCACACAGGAGAUGCUGAUGGCUUUAAAAUUGGUACUUUGCUCAAGUUAACAGAAACAAAAGCAAACCAGACCCGUAUUACGCUGCUCCACCAUAUCUUAGAGGAAGUGGAAAAAAAUCACACUGAUUUGCUUCAGCUUCCCAAAGAUCUUGAGUGUGUUUCAAAGGCAGCUGGAAUCAAUUUGGAUGUGAUUCAUUCCGAAUCCAGCUCCAAUGUAAAGAAAUUGCUGGAACUUGAACGGAAGCUCUCAUCCUCAACUGAAGAAGUGAAAGCCCAAUAUGGAACAGCCAUUCAGGAUAGCUUAAGUGCUAACAAAAAGUUGGAGCAUGAGUUUGAACUCACUGAAGCUAAGAGAAUGGAGCUUGCCAACUAUCUCUGCGAAGAUCCAAACAAAUUGUCUUUGGAGGAUAUAUUUAAUACCAUGAAAACGUUCCGGGAUCUCUACAUCAAAGCACUAAAGGAAAACAAGGACCGAAAGGAACAAGCAGCCAAAGCUGAGAAGAGGAAGAAACAGUUGGAGGCAGAAGAAGCUAAGAGGCAGAAAGGGGAAAAUGGAAAAAUCAUUAAGAAAGGAGCUGUGAAGCAAGAGGAAGUGUGUGUUAUUGAUGCUUUGCUGGCUGAUAUACGGAAGGGGUUCCAGCUACGAAAAACAACCAGGAACAAAAAUGGCACAGACACUCCCGUGAAAACCACACCUCAGAGAGGGAAAGUGAUUGACCAAAGCAUUCAGGAUGUGAAUAACACAAAGCAAGAAGAUGUUUCAAGGAUACACAAUAACUUCCAGGACCAAACAGAAAAUGCAAAAUCUUCAGAAGGUGCUACCACAAAUGAGAAAUCUGAGAUGGCUGCUGACCCAUUAAUUUCACAGAAACCGCCUGAUGCCUUUGGAAAUGGUACGGCCCCUCCAGCCGAGCCUGAUUCUGAAAAGGCCGCUUUACAUUUCUUUGUUUUGGAGGGCAACAGAGUAGCCCCAAAUGGAACAAACUUGCAAGAGGAGGGAAAUGAUUCCCAUUCCUUUCAGGAUGCUAAUGACAAUGAUUUAGUGUUGUCUCAGUCCACUUCUUUUGUAAAGUUUACAAGUGGUGACUCAGGACAUUCAACUGGCCUGAAGAUCAAAGCUGGCCCAGUUGACUCAGGGGACCCAGCUGGUAGAACUGAACCUGAUAGCUCAUGGAACAGUUUAAAUUCAAAUGACCAGGAAAAGAGUAUUAACAGAAAAGACGAUGCAGGAGAGGAAAUACCUGGAAAGAUCAAACAGCUCACAACCUCUCAAGAAGUGGCCCUUGAAACUUUGGCACUGCCAGAAGCAUCCAAAGAAAAUGAAGACCCUUCCUCGGACUCCUUGUUGGACACUUCUCAGGAGAAGUCCUUCUCAGAAGAGCCGGUGACCGAUUCUUCAUAUUCAGCGACCGUACCUUCAGAACAAGCCCAAGCUGAAAAAGAUGGCCAGAGAAGUUCAGCAAAGCGAAAGAAGAAAAAGAGGCACAGCAAGAGCCAUUCAAUGGUUGACACUGAUUUAAAAGCGGUGGUUGAUACUGGAGAUAAAAAAACAAAAAGAGGUUGUGAGAUACAGUGAGGUGGUGCAGCAAGACAGAAAAAAUAAAAAGCAUGCUAUUCAGCAGUCAGCUAUUGGAAGAAGCCAUGGUAAUAGGGUGGAGACUAAAUUUUGUCUGGAGAUAUUUGAUAGGGAGUAAUUAAUACUCAAAUAUAUGAUAUAUCCAGACUUAAAAGCGCCCUCAGCCUGUGCCUUAUACAAAAUUCUAAUUCCAAAACAAUUUUCUGCUACUUUGGGGCCAUAGAGUCAACUCCGUUGGACAAAAUUCCUCUGCAUAAAGUGAAGGAAAUGUGAUCUAAGGAGGAGCAGGGACAAGUUGAAGCCAACAUGGUCAUCUUUUGAGUUAACACAGAAAGCACUCAAAGUUUUAUGGCACCAUCUCAUGUUUGGCUAAUGUGGCGGCUCAGGGUUAUGAUCCACCAAAGGCUGAUUUUGCAAAGAUCUGCGUUUGAGUUUUCAACUUCCUUAAAGUUGACUGUGCUAUGCAUUACACCAGGGUCAAGCAAACAAACUAUAUUGCAGAUUAUUGUGAAAAGGUGGGGGGAAAUACCUGGGGAUAUUUCUCACUCAGCUUCCUCACAUAAAAUCAGAUACGUAUCACCCUCCUGUUUUUACACAAGAGAAUUAAGAAAACUUGUCACUUGGAGGAUUACAUGACAAUGAGAUUUGUCUGUCUUAAAGAAAAGUAGAAGAAAUCCUGGUUCCACCCAUGUAGUUGAAUGCCACCUAGUGGCUAAGGUAUGCAAUUACUGUCCAUAUGAACACACAUGCAUUGGUCUACACUCCAUAAACAUUUACCCCACCCUCUUUCUCGCUACACAUACUGCAGCAUUUCUUUGCCAGAACAAUUCCUCCAGAAGUAGUAAUAUUAUGAUUAAUGCAAUCAAUUUACACUUUUUUUGUGGUGGUGAUACUAAAUGUAUUUGGGGUUAGGUAUUUUUUGUUGCUUAUAACAUUAAUGGAAAUAUUUUAGCAUUAAUAUUGGGAAUGUGCUUCCCUUUUAUCAUAAAAACUGAAGUAGUUUUUUCGUAGUUUAUAAAUACUAUUGAAAGAACCGCAGGUUUGUAAAUAGCUGUUGCCUUUUGUAUAUCAUAUGGAAGGUACAUAAUGGGAAAUUAUGAGCUCCCAACAAGUCCAGAAAAUGCCAGGUUUGAAAAAGCAAGCAUACAUUUUUGAAACAAGAAGUCAACUUUGCCUAUGUUUUAGUUAUCACAGGAUUUGAACAGAACUCAAGAAUGUAACGCAGCCAACCCUAGAUCAGUGUUUCUCAACCUUGGCAACUUUAAAAUGUGUGGCUGGGGAAUUCUGGGAGUUG